AAGGACUACAGAGACCCAGCCCGUUGAGUGAUGGCAUAAAAGUACAUUGACUUCCAAACUAGUACACUUCUCUUCCCCAUCAACAAAACGUGUACUCAGGUGUCAGAAUCCCGAUCGACAUUGCCGAACAAACACCCAAUUCCACCGCCACCACCGGAAAAACCCAACACGACCACCAGUCAGACCAUCUAUUUCGCAUGGGUGAGCAAACUCCAAUACAGACCCAAACCCAAACACCCUCUGAGCCCCUUCACUCCCAAUCUCUUGAAGAACCCACUUCUCAGUCCCAAGAACCAACAGUUUCACAACCCCCCUCAACUGAUUUUUCCCAAACCCCCUCUAGCUCCUCCAAAAUCCCAAUCCGACCCCAGAAAAUCAGAAAGCUCUCCUCCAACGCCUCCGUCUCCGCCGCGGCAGCCGUCGACGACAAAUCUCCGGUUGAAUCCGCCGAUGGAGAGUCCUCCAAAUCUCUCUCAGUCUCCCAAGACACCAACGCCGCCGCGGCGAAGUCUAGGAGGAGAAAUUCUUCAAGAUCAGCUAGGGUUUUGCCGAGCAUCAUAAAGCCAUUGUCAUCUGAAGGUGAGAUCGAUCGUGCGAUUCGGCAUCUACGUGCCGCCGAUCCAUUACUCGCGAGCUUGAUUGACUCUCACCCGCCUCCCAUUUUUGAGUCCCACCACCAACCAUUCCUUGCCCUAACCAGGAGCAUUCUCUACCAGCAACUCGCGAACAAGGCCGGGACGUCGAUCUACACUCGGUUUCUCGAGUUAUGCGGCGGCGAGGACGGUGUUCGCCCCGACGUCGUGCUCGGGUUAUCGACGCAACAGCUCCGGCAAAUUGGAAUCUCAGGCCGAAAAGCUAUUUACUUGUACGACCUAGCGAAUAAAUACACCACUGGGAUUUUGUCUGACAAUUCAAUUGUGGCAAUGGAUGAUAAGUCACUGUUUACUAUGCUUACAAUGGUGAAGGGAAUUGGGGCAUGGUCAGUGCAUAUGUUCAUGAUUUUUUCGCUGCACAGGCCGGAUGUGUUGCCGGUGGGUGAUGUCGGUGUUCGUAAAGGCGUGCAGCUUCUUUAUGGUUUGGAUGAGCUGCCAAGGCCUUCACAGAUGGAACAGCUCUGUGAGAAGUGGAAGCCCUAUCGGUCUGUCGGGGCGUGGUAUAUGUGGAGGUUUGUUGAAGGGAAGGGGGCUCAACCUGUUGGAGGAGUGCCGGCUUUAGAGGGCAUUGUCCCGUUGCAGCAACAAAUGGCGGAGCAGCAGCAACAGCAUCAGUUACAGCUUUUGGAGCCAAUUAGUAGCAUUGCAAAUUUUGGGCCUUGCAUAUGGGGACAAUGAUUGGGACGAAACUCGGAAGGACUGCCAACUUCUUCAUCUUUACAGUGUUCUUACCAUGCUCCUGGUUUUCAGUUAAUCUGCAGAGGCAGACUAUCAAAACUCUAAAUAUGAUAUAACUGCAGAUUCUUGAUUUGGCAUAAAAAGCUUAGACAUCCAAAUCUGUUCUUUAGUAUAAAGUUGCUUUCAAAAUUUUAAUAACGAGCGUUAUUUUAGGACACAGAGAGGAAAAAAAAAAAAAAAAGGAAAAGGAAAAACAAGUGGUUGUGAAAGGAUUCCAUUUAGAGCUCCUUUUAAGUGUUUGUUAGAGCUCUAUUUGAUGGAAUUAAUACAGUGCUGAUUAUUUUAGAAUUGCUUUCUUUUUUCUUUUUCUUUCUUUUUCUUUUUUUCUCUUUUUCCUCCUUUAAUUUUGUAUCCAAAAACUUUUGAUUGUAGAGAUUUAAAAUCAAUGGUGUUUUUUUUUUAUU